AUGUCAGAAGAAAUUGUUAAACAAAUGGUUAGAUUUGUACAGUCAUUGCUAAUCUCGGUACCUCAGUAUGUUUUAGGUUCCUUAUCUGCAAUAGCGAUCUUAGGGGCCACACCGAACGAUGCGAUCGUUAUGAGCGCAUAUUGGCUCAAAGAUGAUCAUUUUUAUGAAAUUGAUGAAAAGACAGAUAAUGGUGUCACAAUACUCAACUACAAGCUUUUUGGAUGGCAUGCUAAACAAAUGAAGCUCACCCCGGAACAGGAAGAAUGUAUGAAAGGAUGUGUGGCUGGGGCAUCAAUAUUAGAUCGUCUCAGUUACAUGGUAUCCAUUUACUACAUAAUAGUAGGGAUACUUGCAGGUAUAAUCAGGGCAGUCGCACCAUGUAUCAAAGAGGAAUGGCCAUAUAUACCACUAGCAUUGGCUUGGACUUUGCCAGCAAUUUUUAAGAGAGUGAUAGGAGGAAUAGUGGUGGUCCAUAACCCCAAUGAAAGGAUUUUUAAGCUUGGGCAAAUAAUAACAAGUAAAUCAACAAAGGAUAGAAGACAUAACAUUAUUGAGACUGGUUUAUUCGCAAUUAUAGCUCCUUGGCUGGCAGUACUUCUGGCCUAUUUCACAAACCCAGUCGGAAUACGUGGCAAAAAUAUCCGAUUCUUAGUUCAUUGUUACUUUUGGAUUUCUGGUGCAUUUGUAGCAUUUAUGCUACUUUUAUUGGUUUUGCUAAGUAAUUCAAGACUAUUGUGGCUUUAG